AAUCCUAACUGUUGUACAGUGGACUUCCGACAUUUUCGAGGGCCAGGACUGUAGAGAGUCGCACGUGGCCACGAGAUACUCGCGGUGGCAUGUGAAGGGGUUGUCGCAGUGUUCGACUUGGUGACCCCCUCGACGCCGACGCCAGCCGUCGUCACGUGGAGAAGAGGGUGGCGUGCAUGGGGUUGGAGGUCGAGGGGUCACGGUGCGUGAAAUACAGUGAAAGACAUUUGGACUGGUGAAAUAAAAUUAUGUGCUACCUUCGACGAUACUUACUGUGUAGGGGUGGCUGGGUCAGUCGCCUCGGUGGUGGAAUGAGGCUUGAGAACCCUCCAACCGAUCCAGGCUGACCGACAGGCGGACUCUUAGCUCAACUGAAUUACCAUAAGGCUGCACGCGACGUCCAGGAAGACGAUAAGAGAAUAAGAUCGGCAAAUGAAUCAGGUCAAUGUAUAAUGAAAGUUGGAAGAAAUGUGAAAGAACAAAGGAAUAUCAUUUCAGAGUUUCUUCACAUAUAAGACGUGUAUACAUGGGGGGUAUAUAAGAGUUGUUGGAACUAUCUGAACUGAAAUACGCCUAUUUCAGUUGAAUUCUUAGAUUUCUAAUGGCAAUGCCACAAGAUAAGAAAUCAGUCUUAUCGAAUCCGCUAUUUUUUUACAUACGACUUGAUAAGUUAAUCUUUUAAUCCGAUUUAAUUAAUGGAUCGAACCAUUUUCAUUUACUUCGUAUGGACUCUCAUUACUUAACAAAUUGUCCAUUCAUUCUAUUGGAUAAGAAGACUGGUUCAACCCAGUACUAUUGCACCAAGACCAUCUUGCCCUUUUAUUUGUUAUUUUUUAUGAAUUUUCCAAUUUUUAGUUUACAAAAAAAUUUCACCUGCUAGUCCCUUAUUCAAAUUCCCUUUCGUAACAAAAUAUGAAUAGAUGGCAGCAUUGAAUGGCCAAUUAACUACUUUACCGAUGCAUCAAUCGACACGAGAUGGCAGUGCUGAGAAAGUCCCGGUGUCAUCCAUUAGGUGCAAUUUGAAAUUCGAGGGAAACGGUUACCCGAAAACCACCCGGUGUGUCCCUGUGGUGUCGAUGGAUAGUUUCCAACGGUGUUCACAAAGUGAUUCAUUCAGCCCUCGCAAUACCCCAACAGACCCAUUUUGAGACAUUUCUCCGUUGAAAUCAUGUUAUUCACUAAUACCCUGAUCACAUUGUAGUAAGGGAAGCGUCCUGUGAGUGAUUUUUACAAGUGAAAUUGAAUUAAACUCCGGGAUUAGAGGAAAGUCUCGAUACUUGAGGAAGCGUACUCAACGACGCUUGUCAGUGUUUUUGCAUACCUCUGAAUGGAGUAAUUUUCUAUUGGAUUUUGGUGUUUUUUUCGUCUAUUCGUAACCAUGACCACGUCACUCUCCAUUAUGGCAACACACGAUGAGCUCGUGAGGUGCACAAAUGUUCUUGUUAAUGGGGCUUGUGAAGAAGAGUUCCUGCAAUUUGCAAUAAAUCAGGAAGAAAUGCGACAAAAAUGGUUAGCAUCAGUUCAAGAGUGCCAACGGCUCCAUACAGCCCUGGAGAAGGCCCACCAUGAGUCCGCAGACCUAGACAGAAAACUCAGUCAUGCACGGAGACUCUUGGACGAGGAAAAACGGCGUCGACGAUUAGCAGAGGACCAACGGAAUUCACUCGAGAGGCAGAUUGCUCUGGCUCGUGAUCUCCUAUUCAAUGACGGGGGAAGAAAUUUGAACGAUGAGACUCGGGAAAAAUUACAAUUCCUUAAUAAUACGACGUUGAAUGGACGAUACAGCCAUCCCCAUCUAAGGGACCUUCAAAAUGACAAACUCAACACAAUCGCGGAGCUGGACUCCACCGGUUCUCUUCUAAGCGACCUCAGCUGUUUCUCAAAAUCAGAGGAUGACUUGGACGCCUCAGCUCUUCUCAGCCAGAACCAGAAGAAACGUGAAUGGAAAGAGCACCGGCCUAGUGGUGAAUAUUCUACGAAAAAACGUCGGAGUACACUUCAAAAAGUUGCUGAUCUGAACAAUUCAGAUCGAAUAAUAGCUACUACAACAGUAGUAAUGCCAAAAGAAGGGGCCAUAACGGCUUCCUCAGUUAUCGAAGCCCUUCCUGCAGAUGAGAACACGGACCCCAAAUCUCCUUCGGGGAACUCUCGCAAACGUCGCAAAAGUUCAGAACGUCCACGUCCCAAAAAAGAUUCGUGCGAGGUUCCCUACCCCAAACCCUCAGCGCCAAUGGCAGAAAACCUCACAUCAGGUUCAGAGUCAGAGGGAAUUUUUAAGCCUAGUCCCAACAUCGGAGGCUACACCUUCCACACAAAAAUCCUUCGAACCCACAAUUUCGUUGGAAAAUCAGUCUUGAAGCCAGAGACAUGCUCUCCCUGUGGAAAGAGAAUUCGUUUCGGAAGAAUAGCCCUUAAAUGCAAGGACUGUAGAGCUGCCACUCAUGCUGAAUGCAAAGAUCUGCUGCCCUUGCCAUGUGUGCCAGCAGGAAAUACCCCAACUCUUCGAGGUGCUACAGGAACCAUCGCUGACUACACCCCAAUGACAGCCCCAAUGGUGCCAUCUCUAGUAGUUCACUGCAUCAAUGAGAUAGAAUUACGAGGAAUGAGUGAGCAAGGAUUAUACAGAAUAAGUGGUGGUUCUUCAGACGUUAAAUGUCUGAAGGAGAAGUUUCUGAAGGGCAAGGGGGCUCCAUGUCUAUCAGACGUGGAUAUCUCGACAAUUUGUUCAACAUUGAAAGACUUCCUGAGAUCCCUGAGAGAGCCCUUGAUUACAGUUGGACUUCUAGGGGACUUUGUUCAUGCCACUCAGAUAGUAGACAAACAGGAUGCUGAUGCUGCUCUCUAUCAAGCCAUCUCAGAGCUUCCACAACCGAAUCGGGACACCCUAGCUUUUCUCGUUCUUCAUUUACAGAGAGUGUCUAGUAGUCCAGAGUGCAAAAUGCCUAUCAGUAAUCUCGCUAAGGUCUUUGGCCCGACAUUGGUUGGGUACAGCAGUCAGGAGCCAACAGCCACUUGUAUGCUCAGCGAAACUGAGAACCAGGCUGCCAUUGUCGAGAGCCUCCUCAAGAUUCCUUCAGACUACUGGGCUAAUUUCGUUAAUCCUGAGAUUAUCAAUGAUGUAGGGACACCGAAGAUGGGAGAACUGAGGCACACACCGUCAACAGAAUCCCUCCUGAAACGAACGACAUCCAGGGGCUUCUUCAAUACUCCCCUGGGGUCUAGUAGAUCGUUCUUAAGGAAAAAUAAGAAGUACUUUGCUACCCCUCCUCUUCGGAGUGGCAUCUAGAGGUGAUUUCCAUUCUAAUUUAAUAUAUUUGGAGAUACGUUAACUUGGUAGUGGUGAUAAUAUACACUUGCUGAUCAGAUAUUGCUUUUUAAGACAAACACUCUAAUCAAUUCACCGAUUUUUUUGGAAUUAAUAUUUAAGUUCAGCACAAGCGCGGAGAAGAAGGAAGGGGGGUGAAUUUUAGAGAAAUGUAAAUUGUUUGUAAAAUGUAUUAAUGAUUCGAGUGGAUACUUAAUAAAAGCUCUAAUUUUUAUACAACAAU